UAGUUCCCAUAGUAUCUGGAAGUCUGUGGAAGCAAAGUUAAGGUUGGUUGAUCGACGGGUUCCUAAGUUUUUUGGAAAUAACAUGGGAGGCCGCGGCAACCAUCCUGACAUCUAUGAUCGACCCGCCCUGCUGCUUUGAAUACAAACUCGGUUUUACACGUCGGGUUUUAUAACUAGGAUGUAUUUGUAUCUAUGGUGGCUCUCUCCCUUUUCCCGCAACAACCCCCCGGUCUCCUUAUACCAGUCUAUCUCUAACCAUGGGACAGUCAGGCGGCGGGUUCGUGUUUACAGAUGCUGAUAACCGUGUAUCAAACCUGCUAUGGGCGGUGACCUCUAGCUUGGGUGCUGGUCUCUGCUUUCUGGUGCUGCUGGUCAUAGCCGUCGUUAUGAUCCACCCAGUAUCUAGGCAUCAGCUUGACCGCGUCAGCUUCCGGAUAAUGAUCUAUGCUUUAAUUGCGAAUAUGAUCUUUGGAAUUGCAUCCACAGUCAGCGGACUACAAACCUAUGACAGCGAAACAUGCAACGUUGCGAUGUGGCUGUUGAUGUUAACCUUAGAGCUAUCAACUUUCCUACUGUUCUGCAUUGCCUUGAAUCUCGAAUUAGUUCUCGUUCACGGUGUUCGUGGUCAGGUAAUGGAGAAAUACUACAUCAUUGGGAGUAUUGCGGCUGCAGUCGCUAUUACCGUUCCCCCAUUUGCUACGAAACAGUAUGGAUGGGAUCCAAUAAACGAUGCGUGUUGGUACUCAAGCGAUGAUACCGCUGUCCGUCUCCGAUGGCAGAUUGGUACGCAGAUUUUCUGGAGCCUGGCUAGUGUGGUCGGGGAGUUCGUGACAUUUUUCGCCGUUCUCGGGUAUAUGCUUCGGCACCAGGUUCUUCAUGGCAAUGCGGUCAGAAGCCGUUCACAUUCCACAGGCACCAGGUCCCGCGCUCAGUCGAUAAACACUACAACUGUUAGGGUACCUGCAACCCACGCGAAGACCUAUCAGACCGUAAUUAUUCGUAUAUCAUUAUACCCACUCGCGUCUCUCAUCAUAAACACUGUAACUGUUGCGUGCGAUUUAUAUGCGUCGACUUCACAUGGCACGCCACAAUCCCAGACAGCAUACAAUGUACUUUUACUUAACGACUUUUGUUAUGGUGGGCGAGCCAUAGUAUAUGCAGUACUAGCAGCUACCGAUCCAUCAUUAAUCCGUGCUGUCAAGUCGUUGUAUAGACAUGCGCGCGGGAAAACGGAUAACACAUCAGGCAGCACUAGUAAUGGUCCCAAGACUACGACAUCUCAUGGGCAGAUUACGGUGCACAUUGAGCUUAGCGAAGUUCGGCAACUGGAUGACGGUUCAGAGUUGCCUGCGUCGCCUAGUAUGAACAAGCCGGCUUCUCAGUCUUGUGCUACACUACCGAAAGACGUAGAAGGAGGCGACCUUGAUCAUGAUUGCGACUCGGAUCCUAUGAGUGCGAGACUCGAUGCUAUGCGGAGAGCACAGAUUGGACGAGCAAUGGAGAUGAGGCAGGACGCACUUGAUAGACGUCUUGAAAGGAAAGAUUUCAAGAGGCAGAUAUGAUUCGGUGUGCCUUAAAGAUAAUAGUGAUAGAUUAUAAUACGGACUGUACUUUAUAUUUUGGAUGUAUUUGUCGGAAUAACUAUUCAAGGGUCAUGAACGGGAGAGCUAUCGCCUUGAUUCCUCACGCUACACCGCUGGGAGACAUAUGAAGUGUACUAUAUAUAUCUGAACAAUGAUUUGGCGACAAAUAUU